UGGGAGUGGCCUCGGGCUCGGCCAACAGAGAAUCGCAAUUCACACCAGCGCGACCGUCCAGCCGAACCAACCACCCCGACCCGACACGCUUCCUCCCCCGACGCCCUCAUGGCAACGAAGCGCCCGGCGGCGGCGGCGGCGUCAGGGUCUGAGGCCUCCGACGCGGAGGCGGACGCGCCCCACCACCAACCGUCCUCCCCGUCCCUGUCCAAGACGACGCCACCCAACCCUAACCCUAAGUCCGCCGCGGCCGCAGCCGCCCCCGCCUCGGCGUCCGCGGUGGCCGAGGCCUCCGCCGCUGCCGGAUCGGACACUGAAGGAUCCGACGCGGACCACCGCUCCUCCCCCGGGAAAGCCGCGGUGUCGCCGUCGCGCAGGCCCAGGAGCCCCAAGCCGCGCUCCCGCUCCCGCUCCCGCUCGCUCUCCCCCGACGCCGGCUCCGACUCUGACGGGUUCGCGGCGCCCGCUGCGUCCGACGCCGACGACGGCGCUGGCGCCGGCGCCGAUUCCGACGACGGCAACGCCUCACCGCUCCCGCCUCCGCGCCCCUCGCGCGCCGAGGCGGCCGCCAUCAAGCCCAUCAGCUCCCGCCCCAUGGACCCGCCCCGCCGCUCCGUGCCCUCCUUCUCCGAGCCGCGUCCUAAGCGCCCUCGCAGCGCCGCCGUCCCGUCCUCCGUGGAGCAGCUUAAGCGUCCGUCGCGGCUCUGGAGCCCUGUUGAUGAGCUUGUCAUCCUGCGGGACCUCGUCGCGUACCGUGCCAAGCGUGGCGUGCUCCCUGCCUCUAUGCAUGACAUUGGUAAGCUCCAUGGCCUUAUCCGUGGCCAGCUCAGUGUUAAGGUUACCACCACACAGCUCAGUGAUAAGGUACGACGUCUCAAGCAGAAGUACCACAUACUAGCAGCCCGUGCCAAGAAUGGGCGGGAUCCAGACUUGCCCACCCCGCAUGACCACAGUGUCUAUGAGCUUGGCAAGAAGAUUUGGGGGGCAAGUGCUGAUGCUGGUGUAGGAGGUAGUGCUGGUGGUGGGUAUGAGAAUGCUGGUGGUGGUGAGAGCGAAGAGGAGCACGAGAGUGGAGAGAGCGAUGGGGGUAUGGAGAGCGGGAGGGAUCACCGUGGCCACAAGAACAGGAGGUUGAGGCCGAUCACUAUGCCAAAUGGAAACGGGACUGGGAUUAGGGCUGUGAAUGCCAAUAGUAGAGGGAAAGUUGAAUUUGAGAAGGGAAAAGAUGCAUUUCCAUACCUUUGGGAGACUGUUGAGGAUCUGUCCCGGGAGCACCCGAAUGGGGUGGCCUUCAAGAAGGCCUUUGAGCUGAUUGAAGGCCCCAAAGCGCGUGGGAUAGAGGAAAAGCUGCGGAAGUUCAGGUUGACAGAGAUCAGACACCAGCUGCGCCGGAUGGAACUGAUGAAGGAAACGGUGAAGAUGUUGCUUGAUGCGCUGGAGGGUUGACUGAGGAGUAAUGGGUGAUUUGUGGUGAGUAGUACAGUGUUAAAAGGACGAACAGUGUCUUUUGUUUCUAGAUAGAAUUUCUGUGAUUAACUUUCAUGGACAGGGUGCCCUUGCCUCAGUCAGUAUCUAGGUGUAGAACAAGAAGUGAUGGUCCUCUCCUUGUUGUUCUUGUAGGCCAUUGUAUCUUGUGUCGCUUAGGUGCUAACUUGUGCUUUAUAUGGUAUACCAUUUCUAUGCUUAGUUAAGUUGGGGUUUAUGCAUCUCCAUUAUGAAUGCUUUGUUCAA